UGAGAAUGAGCGUGUUUUGUUUCAUGAACUUGGGAAGUAAGGGUAAGUUCAGUUGUAUAUAUUUAUUUUUUAACAGGCAUUGCCCUUUUUGUUUAUUCCCCUUCUUACGGGGGUUUGGCAGAGUAAUCAGGUGGUUAUUUUGCUUAGGUUAGACCCCAAUUGACUUGCAAAUUAUUUGCUUUGGACACCUCUAAACAUCUGCACAGUACUGGUUCCUCAUAUUGUGUCAGUACUAUGUAUAGAAUCAUUAACUGGACCAUGAAAAGUGAAGGCUAAAAGGCAUCCCUAAAAAAUGAGAGCAUAGUUUUUGUAAAAAAGUUGAUUCUAGUUCAUUCAAACUUAACCCAGCAGAAUGGUGACAUAUCAUGAGAUAGUGGGAUAUUUUAGCUGUUGGCGCGGUUGCUAUUUUAUUGAGUUGAUAUUCCCCUGCCCAAGUGUUAUGGUAACUAGUAAAUACUUCCCUUCCUGGCAAGAAGCCACAUGAACACAUACAGGCACUUAAGGGGGCCAGGAAAUGAAUUUCCCAUUUUCCACCUUCAAUAUCUUGUACUGUAGUUGUUAAGGUUCCGCUUGUGCAGUCCCUGAGAACUGCUGUAACUAAUGUAGGAAGCAGUUCAAUAAGCUCUGCGUUGCAUGUAUGGUUUCUGGGGAAAGGUUGUGACAUUAAGAUGAUGUGUAUCCAGUCUUACAUUACACUUCUUCGAGAGACUGUUUCGUGAGUUCAUCCAUUGACCCUUCAUAUUUUCAUAUAUCAAAUCCUGCAAGAUGCUGUUCCUGAAGUCACAUAUAGAAUAAUAGCCUACCUUCUUCUGGGUGUUGUGAGAAUAUUCUCGAAGAAAGUUGAAUUCCUGCUUAACGAUUGUUUUAGUGCUCGGGAUGGCAUGAGUUACUUAGCUGGUGUCAAAGUAGGAGGUGAAACUAGUAAACCUAAGCAGGCAACGUCCGCGCAUUAUUAUUCUAUCUCUCGACCAAAGAGAUUUGAACUUGAUGCCUUUGAUUUGGAGGCUUCUGGAGAUGAAGAAGAAGACAUCCGUCGUCAUGUUAUGCCUCGAGAAGAAAUCAUGCUUGCCGGUACGUCAAAAGAGGGAGUUGCUUACAUGUACAAUAAGUGUCAUCAUCAUGAAGAGUCUUCUUUGGAAGCUUAUUCCUCGAUUCACACUCCCACCAGAGACGUCUUUUCCCCUCACUCAAUGGAUAUUGAUACGGAUUUGACAACAUUGUCACAUGCCACAAGCAAUUUGGAAGAGUCAGGCAUGGACAAAUUUCGUGGAAUCAAAUUCUCAUUUUCUCUCGAAGACCACUUGGAACCUAUGAUUUUUGGUGAGGCAGACAAGGAUUCUGGUUUCUUUAUGCCAUCUGUUGAAGCGGAUGAUUUUACUGCAGAGCAGAUACCAGAUCUUGAUGCUGGGAAAAAAUCUGCAGAACUUCCAAUAUUGCUUGAUGAUGAAAUGCAGUCUGGGAAUCAUGAACCUGAGAAACAGCCCGGUAGUGACACACCAUUUGUUGUAGGACUGACAAGUUUGGUAGAUUUGGUUGAUAAGGAGAAAAUUACUGAGAAACAUUUGGGGCCCAUUCCUGUCAUAGAAGGGACGCCGGAACCAGAGUCAUUUUGUGAGACGGGCAAAGAGUCUCACACCCUUCAUUUGCCAUCUGAUGUUGAAUCUGCUGGGAGAAGUUCAAGAAAACCGGAAAUGGAUAGACUAUUAGAUGAAGAGCUUAAUGUCGAAUUGAACAAGAUGACAAGGGUUUCGGAAAUGAGUCCUUUGCCGGAUCAGAUAGCGGCAAAGCAUCAUUCUAUAUCCAUGACGGUAGAUGUAACUCCUCCCGUUUCUAACUCUCGAGAUCAUAUGGCUGUUCCUACCCCAUCAAUUAAGGAGUGCAGUAGAGUUAAGAAGCGGAAGUGUUUAUUUGAUGAGGCAGUCGUUCUCCCUAAUAAUGUAAUCAAGCAUUGGAUUGGCUACUCAGGUGACUUGGUAUGUAAGAGAAGGAAAGCUCCUGUUACCAACUUCCAUACUUGGCAGGCUCGGAAGAUUUCCAAUCUCCCCCGGAGUUUUCUUGAGCCUUUAAUUCCCUGUGAAUGCGUUAUGCUUAAAUCUCCGGUUGCAGAGAAGAACUUUAAAACUCGAGAGCCUGUAGAACCGGUUGCUGUUCGUUUGACUAAAGUGAUCAAGCAAACUCCUUCAGACGAAAUAAUGGUAGAAGAAUCUCCUAUAAUGGAGAAAUCUCGGGUACAGACGUCUGAACUGAAUACUGAAACUCCUCUAGAUGAAAUAACUGUAGAGGAAUCUCCCAUCAAAGAGAAAUCUCGAGAACAAACUCCAAUAGCUCCCGCAACACCUGUUACUCAACCAGCCUCCUUGAGAUCACAUGAGGCCCGAGUGUUUUUUAGACCCGACACACCUGAACGUCCUAGUAGAUCCGAAAGUGUGGAAACAGAGAUCGCGGCUCCAGAUGAGGGUCCUGAUUUAAUUACUGGUUUGAUGGAUGACGAGGAGAUCAAUUCAAGUGCAGGAGUUGCCCAUGGAAAACAGAAAUUGUCUUUAAGGACUAGGAAAGUUGCAAAAUAUCUGCACGCGAAAUUACAACAUGAGAAGAAACAAACAGGGGGAACAUUCUUGAAUUUAACACAUGUUCUGCAUGGAAAGACGAGGAAAGAAAGCGCACGGCUAUUUUACGAAAUUCUGGUCCUGAAGACAGGAGAUAGCAUAGAUGUGAGGCAGGAACAUAGCUUCGGCGACAUCCUUGUAAAGGAGUCUUCCAAGUUGAAAAAUUGCCAUUGA